CUUCCCAGGGCCCUGGAGCUGCCUCAGGAUCCGACGUCCUUCCAACCUGCUGCGCCUCCUGCAGAGGCUCCCAGGGUUCCCGCGUCCCAGCCCCGGGCUGGGCGCUGAUGGAACCGCAGCGAUGUUCGCUCUGGCUAGGCUGCUGGAUUUCCAGAAAACCAAAUACGCAAGAUUUAUGAAUGACCGAGUCCCGGCGCACAAGAGGUACCGGCCCACAGAAUAUGAACAUGCAGCCAACUGUGCCACUCACGCUUUCUGGAUCAUUCCCAGCAUCCUUGGCAGCUCCAACCUCUACUUCCUGUCCGACGAUGACUGGGAGACCAUAUCUGCCUGGAUCUAUGGCCUUGGCCUCUGUGGCCUCUUUGUGGUAUCCACCAUUUUUCACACGGUCUCUUGGAAGAAGAGCCACCUCAGGAUGGUAGAACACUGCCUGCACAUGGUCGACAGGAUGGUCAUAUACUUCUUCAUUGCGGCCUCCUAUGCUCCUUGGUUGAACCUUCGGGAGCUGGGCCCCUGGGCCUCCCACAUGCGCUGGCUGGUCUGGAUCAUGGCCUCCAUUGGUACUAUCUAUGUCUUUUUCUUCCAUGAACGGUACAAGCUUGUGGAGUUGCUCUGCUACGUGGUGAUGGGUUUUUUCCCUGCCCUGGUCAUCCUCUCCAUGCCCAACACUGAGGGCAUCUGGGAGCUGAUGACAGGAGGGGUUUUCUACUGCCUGGGCAUGGUGUUCUUCAAGAGUGAUGGAAGGAUCCCCUUUGCCCAUGCCAUCUGGCACCUCUUUGUGGCAUUUGGUGCUGGUACCCACUACUAUGCCAUCUGGAGGUACCUCUACCUGCCCAGCACACUACAGACCAAGGUGUCCAAAUGAGGUGGCCCAGACUUUAUGGGUCAUUUGGACUUUAGGGUCAAAGCAUUUUGGGAAAUGAACUGUGAACUCUAACCCAGGUCAUAGUGCCAAGGUCUGCCUGCCUUCUCCUGGAUUGAAUUCUUCAUGGGUCUAAGGUACCUUUCAGUGAUGGCAAGACCCACCUUUUGACUCUCCAGCAAAGAAGAAAAAACAUUUAGUCAUUUCCAUGGAGGAGACAUUAAUUCAGUA